CCCUAUCCAUGUUGCUCAGAAGUUACUAAAUUAUAACUGGUCUUUGAUUAAAAAAAUAUUCUCACUGAAGUUUAAACUAGAAGGUUCGCGUUUUGCAGCAGCAGAUAGGAGGGCAAGCUGCCGUCCAAAGCAUUGACUUUGUACCUCUACUCGCUCAUUAUUCCCCGGAAGGACAAAACCGACCCUGCUCAAGAUUAAUUCGGAGGAGUGGUCUCGAGUGAGGGUUGCUUAAGGGUUCAGCGCUGAUGGGGCUUCCUUGCCGUCUUGCUGAUUUGAUCCGCGGCUCGCUGGGAAGAGGAUGGAACAGUAUCUGCCUCCCCAAGAAGGUAAUCAGUUCUGGAUUUUCAAUGCUGUUUUAUUCCUGGAAUGAUUUCAAUAAAGAUUACUUCAAAAUGAUAACAAACAUCAUCAUUUUGAGUAUACUUAUAUGCAUUUCUUUAUCUUUCUGGAUUGUGUCCAUGACCGCAAGCACAUAUUAUGGUAGUUUGCGGCCAAUUUCUCCAUGGCGCUGGCUUUUUUCAAUUUUAAUUCCACUAAUAAUUGCUUCACGAGGAUUUAAGAAAAAGAGUCUUGAUCAUGGUGGAGCAAUAGGAGGUUUAAUUGUUGGAUUUAUCCUCACUGUUGCAAAUUACAGCUUUUUUACCUCCAUGCUCAUGUUUUUCAUUACUUCUUCCAAACUUACCAAGUGGAAAGGAGAAGUAAAAAAACAAAUAGAUUCAGAAUACAAAGAAGGUGGACAAAGAAAUUGGGUGCAGGUAUUUUGCAAUGGUGGUGUACCUGCAGAAUUGGCUCUGCUAUAUAUGAUUGAAAAUGGACCAGGUGAAAUUCCAGUAGAUUUCUCUAAACAAUACACAGCAUCCUGGAUGUGUCUAUCAUUACUGGGUGCUUUGGCCUGCUGUGCUGGGGACACCUGGGCUUCAGAAAUUGGCACUGUCAUAGGUCAUGAACCCCGGCUAAUAACAACCUGGAAAAAAGUUCCAGUAGGUACUAAUGGAGGUGUUACUUUAGUGGGUUUAAUUUCAAGUUUGCUUGGAGGCACAUUCGUUGGCAUGGCUUACUUCAUUUCCCAGUUGAUUUUUGUGAAUGAUUUGGACAUAUCUGCUCCACAAUGGCCAAUUAUUGUGUUUGGUGGUUCUGCUGGUUUACUAGGCUCUAUCAUUGAUUCCUAUUUAGGAGCAACAAUGCAGUACAGUGGUUUUGAUAAACGUACUGGAAUGGUUGUCAACCAUCAGACAGAAAAUGCAACACACAUUUCUGGUAAACCAAUCCUGGAUAACAAUGCAGUGAACCUCUUCUCCUCUGUAGUCAUUGCUUUGUUAUUGCCAGGAAUAGCAUGGGGAUUUUGGCCAAGAGGAUGAAGACAAGGUAUCGAUUUGCAUUUUUUUUUUCUUCAAACAAGCUGUGACCUAAAAGAUUCUCCACCAAAAGUCUUUAUAAUUCUGGACUGGAAUACAUUCCUGCAACUGUUCUGAAAGCAUGAGGAAUCAGUAGGUUAUUAAAGUUAUACUUCCUGCAGCUGUUUUAGAUAUUGUAGCUAAGACAGACAGGAAGAGAAGGAGUCCUGAUUUAAUAUUGUUUCUUAGGUAACAGACUAUAGUUAUUACUUGAUAGAAUACUUGAUUGCACUUCAUUCUCCAUAAUCUAUUAGGGAAAUGGGAACUGGGAAAACUAAAAAAACCUGUGACAGAAUGCCACUACAGCUACCUGAACAAGUAAAGGAUCUUGGUCUAGUGACUAAGCAAAAUGCUAAACUUUCUAUAUUAUUCUGACAUCUAUUUUUGUGGGGACCUAUUUUACUAUGGCUAGGGAACUGGUACAACAUACAAUACAAUCAUAACUUUGCUUUUUGCUGUUAAAAUGUUUUUUAUAAUAUAUAUGGUAUGAAACCUAGUACUAACUUGUUGGUGCCUAAAGUUUAACAUUUAAUUUAUUGGGUUUAAAAUAUUAUGUUUAAAAACAAAAAUGUAUGCUUUGGCGACUGUCUGUAGUUAUUAGCUAUAGUUUUAUCCUGGCAUAUGGAACAAAUACUUUAUAUUUGUUCAAAAUUUGUUUCGUCUUUGAGAUGGAUGUUGCUUUUUAAAUCAAAGCUUGUAAUAACUUACCCACUGAUAUCUGAACAGAUAGAAUGUUUAUUUCUUCAUAAAGAUUGGGCCAAAAGUCAAAUUCAAUUUAACCAAAAGCAACUCUUACUAAUAAAUUACAUUUUUCUUUUUCUUGUAUUUUUUAAAAAAGUAUAUUGGCAAGUUAUGUUACAAAUGCAAUGAAAAAAUUGUCAGGUUUGUUUGCAACUAAAUCCAUUUUCCAUAAUCUUAUAUUUGUCAUUUUAUAUAAAUAAGAUACUUUAAAUUUUAAUUUUACACUAAUCUUAAAGGAAAAAAGUAAGAAGUUGGUGGAUACUUCAAAGAGGCUAUGCCUACUGACAAUUUUUAAUAUUGUUUGUAGAAAUGGAUUGUUUUUAGUUGUUUUUCUUGUCAAUUACAACUGUAGAUAAGACUUCCUAUUCACAGUGAAUGUGCAUAAAGCAAAUUUGAAGAACCAUUUGUAGAAAUUGAUUAAAACACUUGGAUUUUCUGUAAAAAUUACUGUAUAGAUUUCUGUAAUAUAGACACUGGAAUACAUGGCAUAAUAAAGUGAAUACAGCACUGA